CCACGCCGGUGCGAGAGCGAGAAUACGCUAGAGACGGAAGAACUAGAAGAUAAUUUAGUUAUGGGUCACGAGCAACAGGGCUCUGCGGCAGCGGCGCCCGACUCCGGCCCGCGAGCCCGCGCCGCCGGCGCCGGCGGGAGGGGGCGGCACCCAUGCACCGCCUGCACCAAGACGUUCACGCUGGCGAGCUCGCUCCGGACACACAUGAGGACUCACACCGGCGAGAGACCGUACGAGUGCACACUCUGCCACAAACGCUUCAGGCAGUGGAGCCACCUGAAGAGGCACGAGCGGCUUCAUACCGGCUCGAGACCUUACGCCUGCGAUGUAUGCAAAAAAGAAUUCGUAGAAUUAGACAAUCUGAAGAAACACGAACGAGUGCACACGAAAGAGAAACCGUACACGUGCGAAAUAUGUCACAAGGAGUUUGCGCAAAUGAACACGCUGAAGAACCACGAGAGGAUCCACACGGGAGAGAAGCCAUACCACUGCCAAGUAUGUAAGAAAGAGUUCACAGAAUCGAGCAGUUUAAGGAGGCACGAACGAGUUCACACCGGUGCUAAACCGUAUUCUUGCAGAUUGUGCAACAAGGAGUUUGCACAGUUAAAUACUUUAAGAAAUCACGAAAUGACUCACACGGGAGAAAGACCGUACGUCUGCGAAGUAUGUAAAAAAGAUUUCACAAAAUUUAGCAGUUUUAAGAGACACGAGAGAGUACACACGGGGGCUAAACCAUACAAGUGCGAGACAUGCAAAAAAGAGUUUUCAGAACUGAGCAGCCUCAGGAGACACAAAAGAAUACACACCGGAGAAAAAGAGUACUCCUGUAGAUUAUGCAAAAAGGAGUUCACAGAAAACGGCAGUUUAAAAAAGCAUCAAAGAAUUCAUAUACGUGAAGAACAAAAUAUGGGAAAGAAUGUGAUUAAAAAAGAAAGACCAUAUACGUGCGAGACAUGCAAUAAUGGGUUUACACAAUUGAGCAGUCUGAAGCGACACGAGAGAGUGCACACCGGGGAGAAGGCUUACUCCUGUAGACUGUGUAAAAAGGAUUUCACAGAAUUUGGCAGUCUCAAAAGACACCAGAAAAUACACAUACGCGAACAACAAAAUGUGCGAAAUGAAACUGUAACAACAAAAUAAGUUAAAUGUAAGAGAGGUUCUCAUCUUCGUA